GUGGACGCUGCUCCCUUGGAUCCGCAGGGAGCGUGCAUGUGCUGAGCUACCCUCCCAGAUUGUCUGACCAUUCUGUCGAGCAGCAGUUGUGAUCCUCUUACACCCGACCCUACCCGGGCUAGAAGCGUCCUGCCACAAUGCACAUCAAGGACAUGUUGGCGGAAGCCGAGAGGACCGGCGAGCCGUCCUUCUCGUUCGAAUAUUUCCCGCCCAAGACGGCCCAAGGUGUUCAGAACCUCUACGACCGGAUGGAGCGCAUGUACAACUUUGGCCCCAAGUUCAUCGACAUCACCUGGGGUGCCGGCGGCCGCAUCGCCGAGCUGACUUGCGAGAUGGUGGUUCAGGCGCAGACGUACCUGGGGCUCGAGGCUUGCAUGCACCUUACAUGCACUGACAUGGGCGAGGAGAAGGUCAACGAUGCCCUCAGGAAGGCAUACAAAGCCGGGUGCACCAACAUCCUAGCUCUCCGCGGUGACCCGCCACGCGACAAGGAGAAAUGGGAGGCGACCGAGGGCGGCUUCCGUUACGCCCGCGACCUUGUGGCACACAUUCGCAAGAUGUACGGUAACCACUUCGACAUCGGUGUGGCCGGUUACCCCGAGGGCUGCGACGAUAACAAGGACGAAGACCUGCUGCUCGACCACCUCAAGGAGAAGGUUGACGAGGGCGCUUCGUUCAUCGUCACCCAGAUGUUCUACGAUGCCGACAAUUUCAUCCGCUGGGUCGGAAGGGUCAGGGAGCGCGGCAUCAACGUGCCUAUUGUUCCUGGCAUCAUGCCCAUUGCGACCUACGCCAGCUUCCUGCGUCGCGCCAACCAUAUGAAAUGCAAGAUCCCCGAGGACUGGAUGGCGAAGCUCGAACCGAUAAAGAACGACGAUGUGGCAGUCCGUGAAAUCGGCAAGACACUCGUGGCCGACAUGUGUCGCAAGAUCCUCGCUGCGGGAAUCCGCCAUCUGCACUUCUACACCAUGAAUCUUGCACAGGCGACUCGCAUGGUCCUAGAGGAGCUGAGUUGGCUACCGUCGCCAGAGCGGCCCCGGAAGCAGGCGCUCCCCUGGAAGCAAUCGCUGGGUCUGGGCCGUCGGAGCGAGGAUGUACGCCCCAUUUUCUGGCGCAACCGCAACAAGUCGUACAUCGCGCGCACUCAGGAUUGGGACGAGUUUCCCAAUGGUCGUUGGGGCGACUCUAGAUCUCCAGCCUUCGGUGAACUGGAUGCCUACGGCAUUGGCUUGACCGGUAGCAAUGAGCAGAACCGCAAGAAGUGGGGGGAGCCUGCUUGCAUCCGAGAUAUUGCCAACCUUUUCGUGCGAUAUCUAAACAAGGAGAUCGAUUAUCUCCCAUGGAGCGAGGCACCCGUGGCGGACGAGGCAGAUCUAAUCAAGAGCGACUUGAUUGAGUUGAACGGGCGUGGGCUGAUCACCGUGAAUUCUCAACCAGCUGUCAACGGUGUCAAGUCAAGCCACCCGGUCCAUGGUUGGGGCCCUUCCAAUGGCUACGUUUACCAGAAAGCCUAUCUCGAAAUGUUCGUCUCACCUGAGCUUUAUCCGGAGCUCAAGCGCCGUAUCGAAAACCAUCCCGACCUGACCUACCACGCGGUGACCAAGUCUGGCAAUCUCGAGACCAACGCGCAAUUCGAAGGGCCUAAUGCUGUCACCUGGGGCGUCUUUCCCGGGAAGGAAAUUGUCCAGCCGACGAUUGUCGAGAGGAUCAGCUUCCUCGCAUGGAAGGACGAGGCCUUCCAGUUGGGCACAGAAUGGGCCCGCUGCUACGACGGCGGCAGUCCUAGCCGUCUAGUCCUGGAGGAGAUCAUGAACACGUGGUACCUGGUCAACAUCGUGAAUAACGACUUCCACCGUGGCGAGACAAUCUUCGAAGUUUUGAAAGGCCUAGAAGUACCAAACCUGGACAAGGUCCCGGAGCCUCGUGCCAAUGGGGCCAAAGACGUCCCGAACGCUACCGCUAAUGGCGUCGAGGCGUCAGCAUAAUUCAAUCGUCAAAUCCUCUUCUCGGUCGGACUUGGAUCGCUCAACCGAGCCAGCCGACUGGUUGGAAUGGCACACUUCUCUUUCAACAUUUGCGUGGCUGCAAUUACUCUUCAACAUAAACGGCAAUUUUAAUAUCCACCUAUCCAUCCGCCGCCUGGGGCGAGACGUGGGACUGGACCAAAGGGGAAAUGGACGAAGA